AUGUCAACUAGUCACUGCAAUGCUUGUAUUCUAUGUAACAAUGAUUUUAAUCAAUCAACAGUAGUCACAGUAGCGGACCUUCCAUAUGUUUAUCCACGAAUUAGUAUCAGGGUGACGUCACUCUUGCUUAUGUUAAGGGAGCAGUACCUAUUCAACGUCUUCGAAGCAAUCAUUUCCACACUGGAGUCGAAAUUACAGCGCAUAGAAAACCUGGACAAAGCGGUAGAGCAUUUGAUGAGACGAGUAGAGGGUCUAGAUUCAAGAGUUAACAACAACAUUGACAAAACAGAGUCUGUCAUAGCAAAACUGAGAAACUUGGACUCUAAAUUAUUUCAUACUACUGCUAACAGACUGCCAUUUGAUGCGAAAAAGUCAGAUACAAAUCCAGAAUCAAUCAAUUUAAAUAGAAGACUGGUCGUUUUGGAUGAAAAAGUAAGCGAAAUUGACGACAAACUCAGCGUAUUGAAGAAUCAACUGGACACAAACUCCUUACAAGGAGAAGAUUUCAAUGCUGAAGCUAGUGAGAAAAGGUCUAUCAGCAUGAACGUAGUUGAAAUCACCAAAGCUCUCAAUACAGAAGUAAUAAAUCACGUCACCAAGGAGCUUGGACAGCUGAAAGAAGCUACAAAUGGUGUAGAUCGCAAGUUACAGUUUCACAUCAAUUUAGUUCAAGAUAAUCUUGGAAAAGUGAUUAAUAUGAUCACUGAUGUUCAUCAUGCUAUUGUGGACGAUCCGAAAGGCUAUAAUUCACUAUUCAAUCGUAGUACUACUACUACAACUACACCAAGGCCAGAAUUUCACAGGAAUAGCAAGAUUGAUAGUCUGGUGCAGCAAAUGAAACCAAUCAUAACAGUGUCACAGAAAAUGGAUGAAGUUUGGAAUGUUGUAGUGGGUACCAAGAGUUCCGUAGAUGAUUUGGUACCAAAAUCUGAUGAACUUCUCACUCAAACUCAAAGACAAGAGCGAGCUAUUGGUGAAAUUCAUAAUGAUUUGAGGACUAAAACCAACAAGAUCAUAGCUAACUUAGACAAAGUUGAGAAAAGAUUGAAGAAACAGGAAGACGAUGUUGCCACGUUAGCCCAAAGACCCGUUCCAGCUGAAGCACUUGUGGAACCGAAUUUGGAACAUGUCGAUGAUUAUGGAACAACGCGAUAUGUUGAAGAUUACGCGACAGAUACAACUUUGCCAGUUGGAUUUACAACGAUAUCACCACCGAUAACGCAGACUCCGUCGGCACUUCAGAAUCAAACUAAUGGAGGUACGACUACAGAGAAAAGGGUGGAGAAGAGGAAAGGCGGGAUUAUAUUCCCAAGUGUGAAGAAUAAACCAACACAUGUCAACUCAACAUUUGUGACGUCAGAUGGCUAUUCCUGUGUGGACUUCCUCAAUGCAGGAAUGAGGAAUUCCGGAAUCUACUAUCUUCAGAUCAGAGGUACUACCUACUGGUUCUUGAAGGUCUUCUGUGAGCAAGAAAUUGCAGAUGGAGGAUGGACGGUGAUUCAAAGGCGAGAUGAUUUUGGCUUCCCAAGAGAGAACUUCAACAGAGACUGGAAUGACUACAAAAAUGGAUUUGGGGAUCCAGCCAAAGAAUUUUGGCUGGGCAAUGAAAAUAUCUACAUGUUAACCAAUAAUGAAGAGUAUUCUCUGAGAGUUGAACUAGAAGACUUUGAAGGGAAUAAGAGAUAUGCUCAGUACGCCCACUUCAAAAUUUACUCGGAGGCCGAUUAUUACAAGCUGGAAAUAGAUGGUUACGAAGGCAAUGCAGGCGAUUCUCUGAACGACCCAUGGUAUGGAAGCAGCAAUAAGACAAUGAUCGGUCGAGUCUAAACUGUGCAUCUAUGCUGAAAGGAGGCUGGUGGUGGAAGUCCUGCGGGAGAGGCCUUAACGGCUUGUACUUGAAUGAUCCGCAAGACCUUACAGCUAGACAAGGCAUCGUGUGGUUCAGAUGGAAAGGUUGGGACUACACGUUGAAGAAAUCCGUAAUGAUGAUAAAGCCGAGAACCUUCGUGAGCGGUUCAGGCACUUAAUGUAAUGAGUAUUAGCCAAUUUAUAAUCACCGGUUAUCAUUACGUUUCAUUGUAAAAUAUCAUCACAUCAUUCACUAUUUAUUUUGAAUUCACUCUCUGAUUUUGGUUUCGAGAAAUUGUUAAGGUACGCGUCCAAAUAUGCGCAUCUUAGGGCUCGCGCAGACAGAAAGCGUUCAAGCGUUCCGCGUUCUUUGUAACUAAUAGAUCUAUAGAGUCGCACGUUCUUCCGUUCUAUUGUCGGAAAUACAAAGACUAUUAGGGUUGUGUGGAGUCCGAAGUCAUACAUACAAAUUUAAUUAUAAAGAAUAUCCAUCAACACGAAAACCUAUGAAGUAUUGGAAUUUGGCAACAUCGCACAGUCUUUGAAAACAAACAUUCAAUGAAAACCUAUUAUACAGGGUGUUAUGGAAAUAAUAUUCGUAACUUUAAGAGGUCUUUCCUUGCAUUGUUUCGGAGCAAAAAAAUGCUGAACUUAUUCCUGUUUAGUCGUGAAAUAAAUUAAUUUUGCACCUUAAUAAUUCAAAUUCAUAUGCCUAAUAGCGUAAAAUGUAUCAAUACAUCUAUUUAUUAAUUAACUGUCUCUAACAAAAUAAUUUUCUUGCUUAUUAAAUACAAUUUUCCGGAGAAAAACAAACAAAACAAAAUCCCUCACAUAACUGGCAACGUCGUACUCCGCCUGCACUGCGUGUAUCAUCGCGUGUUGUUGUGAUUACUAAUACAUUUAACUGUAACUUUAUGUGAUUUACGAUUUUUUUUUCGUGCAUCGCAUCGUUUCAGAUAUGUGACAGAUAAUCGUGGGAACUGGUGGUGUGUAUCGCCACGUACCGGUAAGUUCUGUCAUUUUUUUAAGUAAAUGUACUGUACUGAAAGCGUUAUUACAUAAAAAAUAUGAGCAAUAAAAAAUUGGGUAAAAGUAUUCAAUAAUUCAAGGCGGUCGUCGUGCGCUCGUAUCGCGGUUACAUUGCAGCGUUGCCAAAUGUUUCAGAAAAUUUAAUUAUUUACGACUCACUUUCCUCGAAAACGAUUGAUUUUCGGACAUAAGUUAUAAUGAACUUUUUUGCUUAGAAUAAUGCAUCGAAUCACCUUUUAAAGAUACGAAUAUUAUUUCCCUAACACCCUGUAUAGUAAAAUAUUUCAGAACUUGUUUGCGAUCAUUUUCAGUCCCAUUUCUUUCAUCUACACCCAAAAACUAGGAUCCAAAAUCCUGUUUUCUUCAAAAACGGCUGGCGUAACUGAGCUAGGGAAUCACCAUAUCCCAAAGUACGCUCACCUAAUUAAAUUUUUUAUCCCUUAUAUAUGUAGAUAGGUACUUACCUUAAUGUCAAAGAUAAUUUUUCGGCGUCACUUAAAAUUCUAUCUGCAUUGGCUUUUUUCCAAUUCUGGUUGAAUAUUAAUUAGACUAUAAUCGAAGAUUUCGACACUCAUUCUGGUAUGCUCAAAAGGAAAUUUCUGGAUACAUUCUGUAUUUCUCGUACUUCUUGUGGAACUCUCCACCUCUACCACGAUUCCUAUUCAACUCAUUUUCU